UCGUUCCUCUUCUUCCUCGACUCUCUCGCCACCUCUCUGUCUCUGACUCGCAGGGAAACUCGGACUUUUAUACCGUGGCUAAAUUUAGGGGGCUUGGCCGGUGCGCAGCGUCCUCAUCCUGGACGCGCUUCCUUCCCCUUGCCUCGCAUUGGUCCGACUUGUGCUGCGAACAAUACUUAUAAGAAAAGCUGCUCCCUCCAGACGGCACAGCUUGCACAUGAGUGAAGAGAGCAGCAGCUCAUCGGACCGCGGAAGAAGCAACGCGCACUGAAGCUUUUUCUUUUAUUUUCUGGAGACUCAGCGGACUCUGAUUUACUUUAAAACAGUGAAAGUGCAUUUUCUCAAUAUUUAAGGACUUUUAAAACUUUUUUUAAGAACGCAUGGAAAUGGCCUUAAGUGGGACAAUUUUACCAUCAAUCUCUACAUUUGCAGUCCAAAAGGAGAAAUGUUGGGAAGAUAGGUGGAAGUGUGACAUGAGCGGCGUUGCGCUCAACAUGGACAGCAGCUGCCUCGGCAGAAAAGACGAAGAGGACCUGGAUAAGUUCUUGGAUCUUGAGUUUAUUCUCGCUAACACCACCGUGUCCGACAGCGUGCCGACCGCGGGGACUGGGGCAGAGUCCUAUCGGCUCCAGGAGUCCGGGUUGUCCGCUUAUCACCAGCAGCAAGGACAGCAGCAGCACACCGGAAUGCCCCAGCAGCCAGCCAGUUACACCUCUGGUUCAGACAUGAACAACCCUCCGCCGCCCUACAACAGCCUGAUGGCGGAGCUCCUUCGCUCCGACGUGGAUACCAGCUUCCUCCCCGGGAGCGGCCCCAGCAUCCACGGGAGAUUCCAGAUCAGCUCCGCGCCUUUCCCGACCACUCAGGAUUUAUUCCCCGAGCAUCUGAACAUUAAAGUGGAGCCCGCCUCCAUGGACACGUACGGACCCGCCAUGGGUCUGGUGCCUCAGAGUUGCGCCAAAGUCAAGCAAGAGGGCAGCGUCUCCUGCAUGAUGUCGUACGAUCAGCAGCCGCGGCUAGCCAACUCUCCGCAGGCCGCGCUGGGCAGCAUGACGCCGCCGCUGAGCCCGGACGACCUGAUGAGCUCCGAGUGCCACCAGCCCCAGAUGUGCAACUCCGCCUCGCUGACGUUCCCGCAGAGCUUCCACCACGCGCACCACCGCUGCGCGUCCGGGGGAUUCCCUCAAGCGCACGCAGGGAUGCAGAUACCUUUCCCCGUGGCGCACCACCACCACCACCACCACCACCAGUUCACCGGCAUGUUUGGGGAGGACGCAUCCAUGGGCAUGCAGCAGCAGCAGCAGCCGGCGGCCGGCCAGCGGGUCCUGCUCACCCCGCCGUCCUCCCCGCUGGAUGUGAUGGACGCCAAGCCGAAGAGGGGUCGCCGGUCCUGGCCGAGGAAACGGACUGCAACGCACACCUGCACUUUCGCUGGCUGUGGGAAGACCUACACCAAGAGCUCCCACCUGAAGGCGCACCACAGGACGCACACAGGAGAGAAACCGUACCACUGUAGCUGGGAGGGCUGCGGCUGGAAGUUUGCGCGUUCCGAUGAGCUCACGCGUCACUUCCGGAAGCACACCGGACACCGGCCGUUCCAGUGUCACCUGUGUGAGCGGGCCUUCUCCCGCUCCGACCACCUCGCCCUGCACAUGAAGAGGCACAUGUGAGGAAAGCCAAGGACUCCUGUGCACCGCAUGGACCCGAUUCAAAGAGCUAUAAUCCUCGAUGAUGAGCUAGAGACGGAUGCUGUAUAUAGAGGUUCCUAUAGGAGUAUCUGCUAUAGUGAUACCACCACAGCAUACACUGCCAUACAGCACGAUGACUAAACUGUAAUAACUAGAGGAAUAUUAUAGUGAUUUGUAUUCCAUUGGGGCAAAAGGAGCAUAUAGAUGACAUGCUCUGAAAUUAUAUUUUUUGUGAAAAGAUUUAUUUAAAUGUUAUUAUCUUUGAGAGAAAGGACAAACAAACCACAAGUCAAGGAGGAAAAAACAGCCAGAUACGACAGAAACAGAUGAAUUCUGUUCGAAUUUUUUUAUUUUCUUUUUUUACUAUGUAGCUGGUACUACUUUUUUUUAUGGAAUGCUGUUUAUAUAGACGACACAUUAAAGGAACAUUCCACUGAACAUGUCAGGCACAUGCCACUGAAGCAACUGGAAGCAGACAAUCCUUUUUGAAGAACAUUGAUAUUUUUCUUUCUUUGUACUUUCACCUAUAGUGCCUUUUAUAACACAUUAUUACAAAUCCUUACGAGUGCCAUAUUCUCCACUGGCUAAAAAGACAAUCAAAGUAUGAUCCUGUGUGUUAUAUCGUGAGUGUACGCGUGCGCAUGUGAGAUGAGCUUUGAGACAAUGUUUUAUUCUGAAACUGCCGUUCAUUCCAUUCAUUCUUGAAUAGGAUGUUGAGUCUGUGAGUCUGUCUGUAGGAAGUCUCACAGAAGUGCAAUGCCAUCUCAGCGCCACCUGAUUGACAAAGGGCUACCCAGUCUUUAGAAACAAAAAAAAUACAACCCAAAAAGACUUGUUUGUUUGUCUUGAAGAAAUGUACUGCCUUGUAAAUUGAAUUGUUUUUUAAUAUAAUGUAAAUAGUUUAUUUUAAUGUACAUAUUAAACUAAAUGAACAUGA